AAAAGAAGAAGAAGAAGAGAGAGAGAGAGAAGAAGUGUUUCUCACACCUAACUCUUUAUAAUAAUAAGAGAGAAGCCAUUGCUCUCUCCAUUACUCAAACUCCCCCAUUUUUUUUCCCAAUCAAUCACUCUUCACUUCUCCCCACUCCUACUCCUUUUUUUUUCCUUUCUAAGCAAUCUCUCUCUAUCUUCUUAUAUUCUCAAAUUUGAUACCUUUUCUCUCUUUCUCUUCUCAUACGAUCUGCACAGCACUAAGAACAGAGCUAAGGUUGCAGCAAUAAUUGUAAGAAGAAGAUGAUUGGACAAAGCUUCCCUGAGGAUCUUGAUUGUGGCAACUUCUUUGACAACAUGGAUGACCUCAUGGAUUUCCCCGGUGGAGAUAUUGAUGUCGGUUUCGGCAUAGGUGACUCCGACUCUUUCCCUACCAUCUGGACCUCUCAUCAGGACACCUGGCCCGCCGCUUCCGACCCUCUCUUCUCUUCCAACACCACCACCAACUCCGAUUCAUCCCCUGAGCUCUAUGUUCCGUUUGAAGAUAUUGUUAAGGUGGAUAGACCACCAAGCUUCGUUGAGGAGUCCUUGGUUGAGAAGAAGGAAGAUUCGUUUUCGACAAACACGGAUUCAUCAUCAUCUCAUAGCCAAUUCAGGAGCUCAAGUCCAGUGUCGGUUCUCGAAAGCAGCUCAUCCUCGUCCCAAACCACCAACACAACCUCCCUUGUCCUCCCUGGCAAGCACGGUCGUCCACGCACAAAACGUCCUCGUCCACCGGUCCAGGAUAAGGACAGAGUCAAAGACAACAACAAUGUGUGCGGGGCAGACUCGCGUCUCAUCAUUAGGAUACCGAAGCAGUUUCUCUCUGACCACAACAAGAUGAUCAACAAGAAGAAGAAGAAGAAGGCCAAGGUUAGUUCUUCCUCUUCUUCCUCCGGGAUCGAUCUUGAAGUCAAUGGAAACAAUGUCGAUUCGUAUUCUUCAGAGCUACAUCCCGUUAGGAAAUGUAUGCACUGUGAGGUUACCAAGACUCCGCAGUGGAGGCUUGGACCUAUGGGCCCAAAGACGCUUUGCAACGCUUGCGGCGUGCGUUACAAGUCAGGGAGGCUUUUCCCUGAGUACCGUCCAGCUGCUAGCCCAACAUUCACUCCAGCUCUUCACUCAAACUCACACAAGAAAGUGGCUGAGAUGAGAAGCAAGAGAUGCAGUGAUGGUAGCUACAUAACCGAAGAGAAUGAUCUGCAAGAACUGAUUCCGAACAAUGCCUACAUUGGUGUUGACUAAAACCACGAGAAAAAAGAUGAUUUCGAUUUGCCAGGAGUAGGAAAGAGUCAGUUGAGCAGAAAAAAAGUUUUAGCAUUAGAAGAGAUGGAAUGAAGAGAGCAAUCAAUUUGGGAGGGAUUAAAAAAGUUAGAUGAGAAUUGAUUGUGUUUUUGUAUUUUGUAUUUGUAGUGUGAAUGGGCAAAAAAAACUCUUGAAACAGAGGAAAAGUAAGUUUGAGGAAGAUCAGAAGAUUUUGAAGACAUUAGAAGAAAAAAAAUUAGGUGUUUGAGUAUUACAUUA